AUGUCUUCCGCCGUAGCAGAAUUAGAAGCUGGCCUCCAAGCCAUGGUACAUUUGAGACCUCCUGGUGUAUCAGGAACUCGAAUUCAAGGCCUUACCACCCUCUGCACCCAAAAUAUUCAGCAAGAAUCAGCCUUAGUUCAGAAAUUAUUCAUUCACUUCAAGAAGACACCUGGCACACACAAACUUGGCACCCUCUACGUCUUAGACUCUGUAACUCGAAAAUGGACCGAACAAGCCAAAAUGACCCAACAAACCAUAAAUAGUUCUGCCCCGGAUGGUACAUAUGCUGCUGGUGUACAUAAAGUAAAGGAAUUGCUCCCCGCUUUGAUGAACGACAUAAUCCAAUCUGCUCCCGAUGAUCAAAAGGACAAGAUUAAAAAACUAGUUGAUAUCUGGGAGAAAGGCCAAACCUUCCCUUUACAAAUGUUAAACGGAUUCAAAGAGAAGUUGAAUGCAAUGAAUGAUACUACAACACCCCCUGGAAGUCCUCCAUCCAAUCUUCAAGCAACUUUAGGUUCACAGCCAAAUUCAUCAAACUCGACUUCGGCACCUCCUCCUAAUACCUCAUCGAUCUUAGCAGCUCUCGCCAAUAUGGCAAAUUCUGCCCGUCAAAAUCCUACGCCUACUCCAGUUUCUUCUGCCCCACCUGUCAAUCCAUACAAUGUAACACAUGCGCAGAGCAAUCCCACUCAGCCAGCUCAAGCAAUAAACCAGAGCUUGCCAUUUUCGGUUGCUCCUCAGCCUGUAAAUGCCCCAGCUAUCUCGAUGCCUGCUUAUGGUCAAGGUCCAAGUAAUGGAAUUUCGAACUUUGCUAGUAAUCCAAAUCCUUUCCCAGGCGCUGCACCAAUAAACCCUCCCGGUAAUCUCGAUCCAGCCACGCAACAGCAGGUAGCUUUGAUCAAGGCACUUGCAGCAACAGGUGUUCCAGCCGAACAAAUUGCUGGUAUUUUAGCAGCUAUGGGUAAUCAAGGAGCUCCAGCUGGUCUACCACCUCCAUUUGCUCCGAUUCAAAAUACUCAUACUCAAAAUAAUUGGGGUGUCAGAGAUGAUGCACGUGACCGAAACGGUUUCCAGGAUUCUAUGAGAUCACCACCUGGUCGUUAUCGUCGUCGUUCCAGGUCUCCAUCUCCUCAACGUGGUUGGGGUGGUCGUGAUUCUCCUCCAAAUGCUCGUCGUCGUGAUGAUUUUGACAGAGAAUCUCCAGCACGCAUGAGAGGUUCCGAUGAUCGUGGUAGAGGUGGCCGUGGCCGAGGUAAUGAUUACCGCCAACGUAGCCCCCAACGUCGUCGCAGCAACACACCUCCUAGAACAAAUACCAGUGGACCUAAAUGGGUUGGACACGAUUCAUCGAUUGGCAAAGGAAAUAUUAAGGUUCUCAGUCGUACUUUGUUUGUUGGUGGAGUUACUUCCUCAGAGCACGAAUUGAAGGGACUCUUUAAUCAAUAUGGUGACGUGCAAACUUGUAUUGUUAACAAGGAAAAACGCCAUGCUUUCGUUAAGAUGGUUAGUCGUGAGCAUGCCCUUCGUGCUAAGGAGGCCAUGGAAAAGAACAGAAGUCCCGAUUCUUCAUUGAGAACCCGCUGGGGAGUAGGCUUUGGACCACGUGAUUGCAGUGAUUAUCAAACAGGUAUCAGCAUCAUCCCAAUCAGCAAACUUACGGAUGCGGAUCGAAAGUGGAUGCUCAAUGCAGAGUUUGGUGGAAGUGGAGGCCAAGAAAUUGAACCCGGUAUGGUUGUCGAAGAGCCUGAUAUUGAAAUCGGUCAAGGUGUCUCGUCCAAGGCAAUUAGCCGUCGCAUGCAAACCGACAAUGGUGGAAAGAAUGGUCCAAAAUCUGGUCGCGAGUAUGAGGAGGAUGAGAGACCUCGCUAUCGUCGGGAUCGAGAAGAUCGUCGGGAUGACCAUCGGGACGAAGGCCGCAAAUUCCCCGCCAAUACUGUUCCGCCAGUUAUGCCACCAUUCCCGCUGGGCGCCUUCCCUUACCCUCUUCCAACUCUUCCGAAUGGGUUGCCCAUGUUCCCCCCUGGAUUCACCUUCCCUGGUCAACAAACUCAAUCAUCCACACAACCACCACCACCACCCGGACAUAACCCAUCUUAA